CUUCACAAACCUCAAGUAUUUUUCCCCCGCCAACAUUACGGCUCCGAAUACCUUUCAGUCAAAAUGGGCUUAUUCGUUCUGAGCGAGACGUCUGCAGGCUUUGCCCUCUUUAAGGCCCGCGACAAGCAUAUCCUAAAGAAAGAUGAUUUCAGCACCAUUGUCGAGACGGCUGAAGGUCUCAAUGAGCUGUGAGUAUCAAUUGACUCGAAUUUUUCUCCGUGGUAGUGAGGCUAAAUGCUAAUUGGUCUUCAUAAUACAGCUUGAAGCUGAAGAAGUUUGAGAAGUUUGACAGCGCGGCAACUGCUCUCGAGGAAGUGGCAGCAAUCACAGAAGGAAAAGUCUCUCCUCUUCUUGCACAGCUCCUCGACUCUCUCAAGGACGAAAAGAAAGCUUCGCUGGCAGUCGCAGACCCUAAAUUGGGUCAAGCUAUCAACAAACUGCCCGGUCUUACACUCACACCCAUCUCCGAUUCCACUACCAAUGACAUCUACCGUGCGAUUCGCGACCACCUACCUUCCCUCAUCCCCGGUUUGGCGCAGGAAGCCAUCUCCACAAUGGCCCUUGGUCUCUCGCAUUCGUUAUCGCGUCACAAGCUGAAGUUCUCGCCUGAUAAGGUCGAUACCAUGAUUGUGCAAGCUAUCGCGCUUCUGGACGAUUUAGACAAGGAGCUGAACACAUACGCCAUGCGAGUCAAGGAGUGGUAUGGAUGGCAUUUCCCCGAGAUGGGCAAGAUUGUGAAUGAUAAUUUGGCCUACGCUCGCAUUAUCCUCAAGGUUGGUAUGCGCACAAACACAUCAAACACAGAUUUGUCGGAUAUUCUCCCCGAGGAAAUUGAGACUGCUAUCAAGGCUGCCGCAGAAGUCAGUAUGGGCACCGAGAUCACGGAGGAAGAUUUGGAGAACAUCCAACUUCUGGCCGAGCAAGUAGUUGGCUUCACGGAAUACCGUCAACAAUUGUCGCUCUACCUGACCGCCCGCAUGGCGGCUAUCGCGCCAAACUUGACCGAGAUGGUUGGAGAAUUGGUUGGAGCUAGACUGAUCGCACACUCUGGAUCUCUCAUGAACCUUGCCAAGAGCCCUGCCAGUACUAUUCAAAUUCUGGGUGCUGAGAAGGCUUUGUUCAGAGCUCUGAAGACCAAGCACGAUACACCUAAGUAUGGUCUCAUCUACCACGCAUCUCUCGUUGGUCAGGCCACUGGAAAGAACAAGGGCAAGAUCGCCCGUAUGUUGGCAGCUAAGGCAGCCAUCGGUCUUCGUGUCGAUGCUCUCUCAGACUGGAGCGCACAAGGUGAAGGAAAGGGUGAUGACAUUGAUGAUGAGGAGAGAUCUGCACUAGGUGUCACAUCAAGGAUGAAGAUUGAGCGCCACCUCCGAGCACUUGAAGGAAAGCCAUUGCUCCCCAGAGGUGUUGCUGUUGGACCAAAUGGCACUGCUGUCACCCCAGGAAAGUGGGAGGUCAAGGAGGCCCAAAAGUACAAUGCAGAUGCUGAUGGACUUGCUGGUGAUGAGCCUGCUGCCGCAGCUCCUGUGUCCGAAAAGAAGUCAAAGAAGGACAAGAAAGAGAAGAAGGAAAAGAAGGAAAAGAAGUCGAAGGAUGCCAAGAAGCCCCUGAUUCAGGAAGUGGUUGCUGAACCAGAUUCUGACGAAGAGAUGGCCGACGUCGACGCUGGUCUUGCUCUACCACCACCAGACUUGAACGGUACCAAGGCAAAGCCAGUGGCCCAGAACUCCAAGGACGAGUCGGAAGAUGACUCAGAUGACUCCGACGCCCGCAAGUUGGCACUUGCUAAGGAGAAGGCCAAGAAGAAGGCAGAAAAAAAGGCUAAGAAAGAGUCCAAGGAAACCGCACCUGCACCCACACCUGUCGAAGUCGAGGAUCCCGAUAUCAAGCUUGCCGAAGCCGCUGGUCUGAGUCUCAAGAAGUACAAGAAGAAGGUUGCCAAGGGCAAGAUCGUUGUGGAAGGUACCCCAGUCAAGGCGAAGAAGGUAGAAGAGAGUACACCUGUCAGCAGUAAGAAGCGGAAAGCCGAUAAUGUCGAAGUCGAGAAGUCAGAGAAGAAGAAAAAGAAGAGCAAGAACUGAAUGUCUCACUGACUUUCUUUUUUGUAUCAUAAUGCUUCUCAGGAUAUCGGCGUGUUAGGAUGUCCAUAUGGCGGCGUUACGGUUUAUAACCAUGAUAGGGUAUUUCUUUAGGAGGCUUGUUUUGUGGCGCUAUUCUGUCUUGCAUCAAAAUAAAACGGCGGUAUUGAACAGAUAUCUAGUCUAACA